UUUUAAGUCAGCUGGAAGAUUCAGGCUGGAAGAUGAACUCUGAGUCAGAAAAGCCACUUAUUGCUACUAAGCCAGCACUGAGUGAAUCUCAAGCUAUUACCCUGGUGGAGAAUGUAUAUGGCCUGCAAGUGUGUAAAGUGAAGCCCCUACCAAGUUAUGAUGACCAAAAUUUCUAUAUCCAGACCACGAGUGAUGUAACAAGUGCUGGAAAUGAAUUUAUCUUGAAGAUUUUAAAUGGUGAAGACAGUAAAGGCACAGAACUCAUUGAAGCACAAACAUAUGUCAUGAAGUUCUUGCAUGAGGAAGGUCUUCCUACCCAAGAUCCUAUAUUCACAAAAAGUGGUCAUAUCAUGUCCGUAGAAGCUAUAGACUAUGGAGACGUAGUACAGCAUCAUGCGGUGAGGCUUCUGACCUACCUUCCUGGAACACCAGCAGCUGAAAUUACAGCAACGCCGCAGAUUUUAUUCGACAUCGGCAAAAUGGCAGCCAUUCUUGAUGCGAAAUUAACAAAGAAAUUUCAGCAUCCAUAUGAAGAAUAUUUCAACCGCAGAGAGUUUCUUUGGAAUCUGUCAAACACCCCUUUUCUGAGGAAGUAUUUAUAUGCGGUUACAGAUGAAAAUUUACGUGAAAGAAUUGAAGAAGUCAUCGGCCAAUUUGAGUCUUCUGUGCAACCGAAUCUGAAACUGUUUCGCAAGUGUAUACAUCAUGGAGACUUUAAUGACUACAAUAUACUAUUGCAAAAGUCUAACACGUCAGAUGGAAACACCACAGAACAGUACCAAGUGUCAGGAAUUCUGGAUUUUUGUGACAUGAGCUAUGGUUAUUAUGUUUUUGAAGUGUCAAUCACAAUAAUGUACAUGAUGAUCGAAAGUAAGGACCCUCUCCCUGUAGGGGGGUAUGUACUUGCAGGAUAUGAAAGUGUCAUCCCAUUGACCAGAGAAGAAAAAGAGGCCAUCUUUACCUUGGUGUGCAGUAGAUUCGCUCAGUCUCUAGUCAUGGCCAGGUACAGCGUCUUGCUCUGUCCAUCCAAUGAAGAGUACCUUAUGAUAACUGCUAAAACUGGCUGGAAGCAUUUAAUCACGUUGCUUGAUAUGGGCAAAGAAGCCAUACAGAAAAUCUGGGAAGAAACUGCAAGAGGAUACCGCAAGAACAUGAUGCAGAUCUAAUUUAUUAAAGCGGAACUUUGUGAAAAUUU